UAAAAACGUUGUCUUUACUAAAACAUCAAUUGAAGGGAGGGCUUCAAUCGACGAUUCAUUCCUCGAUCUCGGCCAUAUUUUGAAAGAUUAUGCCGAUUUCAAUUCCAUUCAUUCGACGCUCGGCCUCUCUAAUUGCACCCAGAGCCCCUGAUUUCCCACUCAAAAGAUUCCUCUUUUUCAGCAAAUAUUCAUCCAUUCCAGCCCAAGAUUUCCUGACCCAUUUGCAGAAACAUCAAUCCCAUGUCGAGAAAAACCUAGACGCGGUGAAAUCCAAUCUCGAUUCUCAAUGCAUAGCGCAAGUGUUGGAACAGUGUGCUAUUGAAAAGCCCAAAUUGGGCGUCCGAUUCUUCGUUUGGGCUGCUUUUCACCCCACACACAGACACACUUCGUACAUGUAUAGCAAAGCUUGUAAGCUGCUGAAUCUUGAGAAAAACCCUCGAAUCAUUGCUGAUGUCGUGGAUGAGUAUAGGGAUGAGGGUUUUGCUGUCAGUGUUAAGAUGUUUAAGGUGCUCUUGAAUUUGUGUAAAGAGGCUCGGUGUGCGGAGAUGGGAUUGUGGGUUUUGGGGGAAAUGAAGGAGCUUGGGUGUAUGCCUGAUACGGUGUCGUAUAAUGUUGUAAUUAGGCUUCUUGUUGCAAAAGGUCGAUUAGUUGAGUCGAUGAGAUUGUUAAAAGAAAUGCCUUUAUGUGAUCUGACUCCUGAUAUGGUCACCUAUUGCUCUGUGAUUAAGGGUCUUUGUGAUGGUGGAGAUUUGGAGGCUGCUCUUGGAUUGGUUAAGGCAAUGAAGGGGCAUGGAUGUGUGCCGAAUUCUGUGAUCUAUUCGACCAUACUCGAUGGAAUUUGUAUGCACGGGAGCUUGAAGCUGGCAUUGGAGUUCUUGGAUGGAAUGGAGAGAGUGGAGGGGAAGGAGAAGGACGAGGGUAGGCCGAAUGUGGUGACUUAUACCACCAUGAUAAAGGGGUUUAUCGAUAAAGGAAUGGCUAGUGAGGCGCGGAGCAUCUUGGAUCGGAUGUAUGAUUCAGAGAUGAAACCGAAUAGGGUGACAUUUGUUACUCUGAUUGAUGGACUUGUCAGAGAGGGGAAAGUAGAGGAGGCUCGGAAGGUGGUUGAUACGUUUGGAGGAGAUGGGGUUCGGACGGAUGAGCUUUAUAACGUGCUUGUGCUGUCUCUGUUCCGAGCAGGGAGACAUGGGGAGUCGGAGGAGGUGUUUAGGACGAUGCUGGCUCGUGGGCUGAAGCCUAGUGGUUUGGCAGCAAGUAGCAUCAUAAGAGGAGUUGUGUUGGAAGGGAGGGUGCUUGAUGGAUACUUCUUGUUUCAGGAAGUCGAAAAGCUGGGAUCUUUGGUGUCGAUCGAUCGUGAUGUUUACUCGAGCCUUCUGGCUUGCCUUUGUCAAGAGAAUCAUCUUGCAGAAGCUGGGAGCCUGGUUAAUGUCAUGGUGGAGAGAAGGGUUCAGUUAGAGCCUUCUCAGUAUGAACAUUUAGCUAAUUUUAGGAGUUUCUUGAAUUAGUUUGUAGUGUUGAGGUGAGUUUUGUUUGAUCAAUUGCUGUUGAAUCUUGUUUGGAAGCAACUGACUGAUUAGUAUAGUAUGCAGUAUCUAUGGAAUUUUGCGUUGUUAGAAUCAUGUGAAGCACAUCAUAGAUUGAUCUUUUACAUGUAAUAGGAGUAGUAUAUUAUUGUUGAUUUUAAUCAAAUGACCUCGUUUUUGUCUGAAUAAACGAUAUCAUUUACCUCAUUGGUAAUACAUAUAUGUAUGGCAUCAAUCAAAAAUUUAAU